AUGCAACUGCAACGGCUCUAUUCCGUAUUCCGCCAGGACAAGAUCAUCAGCCGGUUCUCUCGAGCAUCGGUCCCAUUCCAGAUACCCAGGACAGUUGCAAGAAAUACCAACUUCUUCUCCACAGCUGCUACCGGCGAGCUUCAAUCCACUGUCACGAUCCCGGAUCUAUUUGUCUCGUUCCUGGCCCAGAAGCCAGUGCCAAACCCCAGCUAUGCAAAAGUAAAAUGGUCGCAGGAGGUGUCCAUGAGAAAUGGUAGAGAGUGCUACUAUCCAAAGCGUGCACAAGCAGACUUUGCAUAUUUCGCAGCUCUGCUCGCCCCGAAAGCAGCUGAGCCCGAAUAUCAAACUAUCUGUGACUAUAUAUCUUGGAUCUUCUAUUUUGAUGACAUCCUCCACAAAGGGCGUCCAGCAAAGGUUCCUGGAAUAUAUCAGAAACUAUUGCGAUGCCGUCUUUCGGCAGGCACAACGAUCUCCUCUCCUACCAAAAAGAAUACGUAUUUUGGGAAGGAUAAGGACGAGGUUAGAAAGAGUAGGAGGGUGAAGUUGUUGGCUUAG